GAGCUCUGCGGCACUUCCUCGAGGCCGCGUAACCAAGCGGGAGCUGCGUGCGCGGGUCGGAAGUCUCAUUCCGAGAGGAGAAAAAGAAAUAAAACAAUAAAACAACAACAAACAAACACUGUCAAAACUUUGCGAAUAUGGACCACUACACUAAAUAUUAGACAGCGGAUUGAUAAAGCAGCGCUAGGACUGAUAAAUAAGCGCACAAAAGGCGGAUUGAGGGGCGUUGGGAGAAGAGUUCACGUUAGCCGCUGCUGCUAACACACGAGACUAACUUACUGAUUUAUUAUUGACUGAUUUCAGCCUCAUUUCAGCUAUAAACUGCGCCUUCUGGGGGAUUUGAAACACAGACGUGUGCGUGGUGUUAGUAGAAAGUGUGUUAGUGAGUUUAGGAGGCGGUUUGUCUUGUUUUCGGCGGCCGUUGGUUCCGAGGCCUGCUGUAUGAGGAGAUAGUUUAACAGGUUAGCUAAACGAGUCCGAUCACUGAGUUUAACUCAUCAGCCAGGUAUAUUGACACGUGUAGAGAGGUAAACAGGUGAAGAUGUCGGCCCAGGCGCAGAUGAGAGCUAUGCUGGACCAGCUCAUGGGCACUGGCAGAGAUGGGGACACGAUGAGACAGCGGAUCAAGUUCACGGACGAGCGGGUGUGUAAGAGUCAUCUGCUGGAGUCGUGUCCGCAUGACAUACUGUCUGGAACCCGCAUGGAUCUGGGAGAGUGUGUGAAGAUUCACGAUCUCGCUUUGAGAGCAGAUUAUGAGAUCGCAUCUAAACAGCAGGAGUAUUUCUUUGAACUGGAUGCCGCAGAGCAUCUACAGUCCUUCAUCGCAGACUGUGACCGAAGAACCGAACUGGCCAAGAAACGGUUGGCCGAAACACAGGAAGAGAUCAGCGCCGAGGUGGCUGCCAAGGCGGAGCGUGUGCACGAGCUGAACGAGGAGAUCGGGAAGCUGUUGGCGCGUGCGGAGCAGCUUGGUGGCGAGGGGAACGUGGACGAGGCUCAGCAGGUGCUGGAGAAGGUGGAGAAAACACGCACCCUGAAGAAAGAGGCAGAGGACAUCUACCGCAACUCUAUGCCGGCCUCCAGCUUUCAGCAGCAGAAGCUGCGGGUGUGUGAGGUUUGUUCCGCCUACCUCGGCCUCCACGACAACGACCGCCGCCUCGCCGACCACUUUGGAGGGAAACUUCAUUUAGGUUUUAUUGAAAUCCGCGAAAAACUUGACAAACUGAGGAAAGCUGUGACGGAGAAACAGGAGCGCAUGCGCAUGAGGAGAAGAGAGGAGCGUGACAGAGAAGAGGAGCGAGCCAGAGAGUGGGAGAUGGAGAGGGAGAGAGAGAGAGAACGCGAGAGGGAGCGAGAGAGAGAAAGAGAGAGAGAGCGCGAGCGGGAGAGAGACAGAGAGAGAGAACGCAGGAGGUCCAGAUCCAGAAGUGGUGAACGAUAUCGGGAAGGAGGAAGCUCAUCUUCCCAUCGUUCUCGUCGGCAUCGUGAGGAUGGAGAGCGGGAACGAGACAGGGAGAGGAAACACAGACACAAAGACCGCCAUCGCUCUCGCUCCCACUCACACAGGAGCAAAAGGAAGAGGUCUUCACACACCAGAGAGCAGGAGCAGCCUCUGUCUCAGGAGAGAUGGCGGGAGAACGCCACAGAGGAGAGAUGGUGGGACAACGGACGCAGGGACAUGGAGAGAGAAAGAUCCCCCGUCUCCCCGGACAUGAGCCGAAUGAGAGAGCGGGAGAGAUCCGUGUCGCUGGAGAGAGAACAGCGCUCCAGCUCCGAGGAGAGAGAGUCCGGGGAGAUCUAGAGGAAUUGAUUCAGAUACUUUACAUACUGUAGCUACCGAUCCCUGCUCCGCCUCGUAGCCGGCAGUCGCCCACACUGAUCUGUCAAUAACCGGAUGCGCGUUUCAUCCGGUUACUCAUACAUCAGUAGAAAGCUCCGCGGCUACAGAGAGGAAGCCAGUCACAGAUUGUGUGCGCAUGUGUGUGUGAGAGUGUGUGUUUGUGUGAGAGAGACCAGCAUCAUUAUUUUGAGAUACAGAUGACGCCUCCGACAGCAAGCGUUACACUCUUUGAUCUAGUUGAUCCAAACUAGUCAGCAAACCAAAAGAACAUUUGACAGAAGUGUUGUAGAGGGGAAAGAGCGCGUUUAGAAGUAGUUUAUUUUUUAUGUUGCAAAAAAGAGGUGGUUGAAGGAAAGCCUGCAGGAAUUUAAAAACGCCACCGAAGACUUUUCCAUCCUUUUAAACUGGUUCUUGUUUUCCUUUUUUAACAAUUAAAGCUCCUUAAAUGAUUUUGAUGUGGAUAUUAUUUUCUCCUGUUUUUUCCUCUGAUUUCAUUUGAUAUGAAUAUAAAUGCAGAGCUGAACUGAG